GCGGUUUGACAGGUCAGCCUCGAGCCUCUUUUUAGCUUUCCGAGUAGCGUAUUUUCAUUUUAUUUUACCUUAUCUUUUCAUUUACGCGUUAAAAGUAAAAUUUAUGUAGUUAUUAAAGUAGUAUAACUCAUGUAUUAGUUCGUACCUAUGUGCACUUACAGUGUUACAUAAACAUUAGUGUAGAGCGCUAAUCGUAUCGGCAAUUCUUAUGCAUAUAACUACACGAUACGUCAGUUGAUGAAUGUUAGCUGAAAGAUAAUGGAUGUGGAUACUCCUAACAUAUUAAAAAGGUGCAGUAGUGCACCUCUUAUCAAUGAAGCGGCGUCUACAGCGGCAACUUCGCCUACAACCAAUACAGCGCCCAGGAGCACAUCAUUUUUCAGCAUGUUCACGAAUAACAGUUUACCCCGCACGCGCAGUAAUAGCAUCAGCUGCAGUCCUCUGUCAGCAGCCGUCAACAUACCUGGGAGUAUACAAAGCACGUGCGGCCGGCGCCUCACCCCGCGCGUGAACCAGCUGCGCGCGGAGGAGUGCGCCGACGUGAGCAACACGCGGGAGGUGGCGCACGAGCGGGAGGUGCACACCGCCAUGCAGAUGGGGCAGUCCUACGAGGACCUCACGCUGCUGGGCGGGCCCGCAAACUCGCCCACCAGGGUGCCCAGGUUCUCGCCCGUGGUGUCGCCGUCGCCCACGCGCAAGUACACGACGCGGCGCAGCCUGUCGCCCAUCGCGCUGCGGGCGUCGUCGUUCAGCCCCGUGCGGCCCAACGUGCUGGUGGGCAAGCGGCGCUGCGACGACGGCGACGCGUCGCUGUGCAAGCGCAUGUGCACGGGCCGCCUCACGCCGUCCACGCCCGGCACGCCCGACUCCGACUCGCUGGAGUGCACGUUCCGGCCCGUGUCCCCGCGCGGCGACCCCCCGCGGCCCAGCUAGUGCGCGCGGGGGCCCCGUGGGGAUCGUUCUGUGAGGCCGCUCGGCCCGCUCGUGGGGAGCGACCGGACGCUCGUCGACGCCUCCCGUGCGAGGUCGAUCGAAACGGGCCCGAUGUGUCUCGAUCGGACCUCGGGCCGGACGUGAGGUUGUAAGUACUCUCGGGUGCAUCGGAGUAGCCUAUGGCGUUAGUUCCUAAUAGUGAACUUGUAGCGUAUUAUUCUUAUCGUAACGUAGAAGUUAAAAGCGAGUGCCCUUUUAAUAGCCAAAGCAUCCAAAACUUUAUUGUAAAUAUGUUGUUAGGUGCGUUCUUAUAUGACGAGCGCGUAUAUUGUAUAUAGUUUAGUUUUGUAAGUGAACGUAGCCAUUACUUUACAUAAGCUCAUUUGAGGAGUUGAAGUGUUCUCUCCUUUCAUCCCGCCUUUCGUUUAUGUAAUUAGUUAGUCAUCCUGAUCGUUUCGAUCUCUGGAGAUAAAUGUAUAGAAGUUGGAAACGAAAAUCUUAGUAAAUGAUAACACUUGUCUACUGCAAAGUUUUUUAUUACAUAUUAGAAUAACAUUUGAAAUAACAGCGUCACGGCAGCUGUUCUAAAAUCCUUUAAUAACAUACAUUCGAAAUAUUUUCAAUGAUGUCCAAUUAAAUUUUCAGUGUAUAAUUCUCAAAUAAUUUGUUAAUAUUUCAAAACCGAAGUCUUAGCAUAAAACAUAUUGUCAUUAUAUUAUAACAUUUAUCAUUUAUGUAUAAGUCUCGAGUAACUUUGGUCUUCGUAAUAUUUUACUCAUAGAAUUUUGUUUGUGUUCAUUAUUCACUUUGAAUAAGUUGUGCUUUUGAUUGUACCAUAUUGGUAAACUCUGUCCAUUGAAUGUUCGUUACAAUAUGCGGGCAUUUUAGUUUUAAGUUUAAUUUUACUUGCCAAGUUUGAUAUGAAUUUAUCAAUUUAUUAGUACAGGGUAAUGAACGCGUGUAGGGUUGCUUCGAGGACGUUUGUAUACAAAACUUAACGAUUAUUAUCAAAGUGUUUUUUUGCCAUCGGUAUUAAAAUUAAUGGCUAAAAACAAAUAUAAUUAUUGAAUAUUUUUCGAGUAUUUCCCGUAUAUCAUAUAAACAAUUAUUGUAAGAAAACAUAA